AUGACUGCGCCAAUCCCCGGCUGCCACCUUGUGGGUAGCACAGGCUAUCCUGCUACGGCAACCUCCAUCCGCAAGAUUUGGGCAGGUCAGCCAGGUCGACUGAAGCGCAUCCCGGAUGGCGAGACGGGCGCGCGGUUCUUCUUUACUGGGUUUCAAUGGGAGUUGUUCAAAGCCAUUCCUGGCAUGGCAGCGAGCUUCGAGCCGAACAAGACCGGGGAGAAGAAAGAGUUGUCUGGAGAAGAGAUCGACGAGGGCAUACAGAAGUUGAAGGACAGCAAUAUAGAAACAGGCUACGACACUGCAGCUAUAGAGAGCUAUGCCGUCUUCAAAAGGCUGCGAGACGAGGGCGUUGUACCACAGGGAGUAAGAUUCCAGGUUGGACUACCGACAGUCGCCAGUGUUGUAUCACCAUUUGUCGAGGCAGCCUUCCAGCCCAAGGCAUGGCCCAUCUACGAAGAAGCAUUAUUCCGCGCCCUGAAAAACAUCCAAGCACGAAUCCCGCACGAAGAUCUUGCUAUUCAGAUCGAUCUGGCUGUUGAUACUGCGUUUUGGGAGGGCGUCCUUCCUACGAGCCGUCGUGGAUCGAGGGAUUCUACUUAUCGACAAGUCCCCCAUCCGAUCAACUUCUUCCAUGCACCGGUGCCGCUCAGCGCCGACGAUAAACUCGAUUUAUAUCUCGAGCCACUCAAGGAUCUUGCACCGAAGCUCAAAGAACACAACACCGAGCUGUAUCUUGGGGUCGUACACCAUGCCGACCCCGAAGGCACGAGGAAGCGCAUCGAGGUCGCGAAGAAGUAUGUACCAGAGUUUGGUGUGGCGACGGAAUGUGGAUGGGGACGAACGCCUGCGGAUCAGGUUGAUGGGAUUAUGGAGUUGACGAUUGACAACAACACACAACUACUCUACUCACGCAGCGACUCACACCAGGCCCACCACUCCAAUACUGCAGCAAAGACCACAAUGCCAACAUCAUCAAACCCAACAAUUUUCCCCAAAGAAUCCGUCGUUGGCAAUACGGGCAAUACUCUCCGCGACGACAAAUAUCACCAGUAUCCCAAUGGCAAGCCGGAGGAGCACCAUGUCAAGGACACGAAGGGAGGGAGUUUCAAGGAUAAGGUGAAGGCGAUUGUCAGUCCGGGGAGUCAGGGUUUGGGGAAGGAUGAGGCGGGGGUGGAAUGA